AUGUUGAUGUUACAAGCUCUGAUAAUUAUAAUUUCAUUUCAUUCAUCUUUGCUGAAAGUCACAUCAUUCGAAGGAAAUAUGCAACUUUCUGAUUUUGAAGCUGAUUUGUGCAGCAAGAAGUCUAUUCCUGAUAACUUUAAAGUUACGAUGUAUGUUUUAGGAAUUCCAUGUCAAUGUUCGUACAAACAAAAUGGAGUUUUUUGUUAUAAAAGUUCUGAAGUUAUGAGAUUGCCUGAUUCUUUUCGGAGAAUGUUGAAAUAUUUUGAUGGCAAAAGAGAACUUUUAACACGAAUAGAUAUGCGUCAUGAUACUGGAAAAUCUUGUAUCGAAUAUGAAGUAAUGUUAGAGAAGAAAAUUCCAUUGAAUAAUAAAACUAUCGGGGUUGGUAAUUUAAAAUAA